AUGGACAGCGUGAUUGUGUUACUCUCCCUGUGCUUCACAGCUGUCUUAUGCCACAAUGAGGAGGAGAAGCUUCUCAGUCAUUUGAUGAAGAAUUACAACAGGGACUUGCGUCCUGCGAAGAAAGAUUCAGACAUUAUCAGUGUCAGCCUAAAAUUAACCCUUACAAAUCUCAUCUCACUGAAUGAAAAAAGAGAAGCCUUGACCACCAAUGUCUGGGUUGAAAUGCAAUGGAAAGAUUAUCGUCUGAGCUGGAACCCUGAAGAAUAUGGCGGCAUUAACACCACACGUAUUCCCUCCACCAUGGUGUGGCUUCCAGAAAUAGGCCUAGAAAACAAUGUAGAUGGCAUCUUUAACAUUGCUCUGUAUGCCAACACCUUGGUUUCUUUUGAUGGUUCCGUCUACUGGCUCCCUCCUGCCAUCUAUCAAAGCAAUUGCCCCAUUGUCGUCACAUAUUUCCCAUUUGAUUGGCAGAACUGUUCCAUGGUCUUUCAGUCCCAGACAUACAGUGCCAAUGAAAUUGAAUUACUCCUGACAGAGAACGAAGGGAAGACAAUAGAAUGGAUUGAAAUAGAUCCGGAAGCAUUCACAGAAAAUGGGGAAUGGGCAAUAAAACACAUGCCAGCCAAGAAGAUCAUAGACCAUCGGCAUACUCCAGAUGACAUCAGUUACCAGGCCAUCGUCUUCUAUCUUGUCAUCCAGAGGAAGCCUCUCUUCUACAUCAUCAACAUCAUUGUCCCCUGUGUACUCAUUUCAUUUGUCAGUGUCCUGGUGUAUUUCCUCCCUGCCAAAGCUGGAGGUCAGAAGUGCACAGUUUCUAUCAACAUCCUGCUGGCCCAGACUGUGUUUCUCUUCUUGAUAGCCAAAAAAAUUCCAGAAACCUCCACAGCUGUGCCGCUCAUAGUAAAGUAUAUAACAUUUCUCAUAGUGGUUACUAUCACCAUCGUAGUUAAUGCUGUUGUUGUGUUAAACGUUUCCCUCCGCACCCCAAACACUCACAGCAUAUCAAGCAGCGUAAGAGAGCUCUUCUUGAGAAAGCUGCCUGGACUUCUUAAAAUGCACCUCCGCCAAAACGACAUAGCGCCUGAACCUAUGCCACUUACACGUCGCAGCAGUUCUCUUCGGUUAAUAAUAAAAGCUGAUGAAUACAUGUUAAGGAAACCGAGGAGCGAACUCAUGUUUGAGAAACAGAAGCAGAGAGAUGGACUCAUGAAGGUUGUGUUAGAAAAAAUUGGCAAAGGAAUAGGCAAUGGCACUGUACAAGAUCUUAUCCACAGUCUAAGUCAAGCUGCUCCAGAGAUACGAGACACGGUGGAAGCUUGUAACCACAUCGCAAGGACCACCAGAGAAAAGAAUGAGUUUAAAAGUGAGAACGAGGAGUGGAUUUUAAUAGGUCGAGUAAUAGACAGAGUCUGUUUCUUGAUCAUGUUCUCGCUGUUCAUCCUCGGCUCCAUUGGGACCUUCCUGGCUGGUCACUACAAUCAAGCACCAGCACAGCCUUUUCCUGGAGAUCCAAAACUCUACCUGCCACAGUCUGAUGGUUCUACCUGAAAGCGUUACUGCAUCAUUGGAUGAUAUUUGCUCAUGAGCCUUGCUAUGAGUCUACCUCCUGUACUAGCAAUUCCGUACCAGCCAUAGACUGUGAACCUUAAGACCUUUUAAUAGGUGGGGUUGUUUCUUCCAAGUGGUUAAGAAAUGUCUUGGCUGCAUGUGCUUGAUGAGUUACAGGUAGAAUACAUCUAAUUUUACUUGAAAGAAGGAUCAUUAUUUAAGUCUAGAGAUAAAAUGAAAAAUGUACCUGGACUUGGUAGUCUAUGUACUUGAUGUACUUGGAGAAUGAAGAACAUCUGAAGGAGGCUUUUAUAUUCAUAUACAGUAUGUUCUAUGGGUUAAUUGUUCAUUAUUAUGUUUCAUUUAUGUGGGAAAUGCUGGUUAGAAAUGCAUGAACAAUUCUCUUGUCAUACAGAGUACCCCUUUAAAGCAGGUCCCACUGAGUGAUGCUACUCUCCCUAUACACUGCUACCGAGAGAUGCGUCACUCAAGCCACGGCACUCAAGUAGUUGGGGAUCCCAAAGUCUA